UAAUUUAUUUAACAAUUGUAAGCAAUCACUAUCAUUGAUAAAACUUUAUAUAUAUUAAUCUGUUAAGUAUGUAUAUUGUGUUUUUCUUCUAUGUACUUUUAAAGUGUGCUAUAAAAACAUGUGAAUGUGAACCCACGACACGCGACUGGAGGUAACUCCUUAGGAACGAUUACCGGUAAAGCUGUCAGGGUAAGUCAGCGUCACUGAUUCACACAAUUCCCCCCCCCCCCCCCCCAAUUAUUUCAUUGCGCUGACUUUAUAUCGUUUUUCUUUGAGUAAACUUCAAUAAUGAAAUUGACAAACAUAAUCUCCAUUUAUUUAUAUGAGGAAAUGGUCAUGUCUGAAGAUGAAGACAUGGCUUUGUGUGCCAUUUUAAAACAUAGUAAAAAGUACGAGACUGAUUAUUAUAUAAGCAACACAUUGCAAGUGUUGGGUAUUGAUGAAAUUAAUACAAAUCUGAACAACAGUUUAAGUGAAAUGAAGGAUUUACACUCAAAAAUUGACGAAACGAAUAUACCAGAACGGAAAAAUAUCGAUAUAGGUAAGAAAGAUGAUGUAAUAUUGGAUAUAGAUGAUAAAGAAAUGAAUGAAAAUGAAAAAGCUGAAAAUUUUUUAUUCUUCAAUAUGGGCGAAAUUGAAACAAAAGAAAAUGAAUGUAUAAAUGACCAUGAGAAAAAAGAACGUAUGCACUCGGACUUGAACAAUAUUGGAACAAAGGAAAGAGCUGAUAAUAUAGGUGUGAACUCGACUAAUGAACAAUGUAAAAUAAAUGAAAAGACGGAUAAACAGUAUAAAGAAGAAAGUACUGCUAUAGACUUUAAUAUGGAUAAAAUAAAAACAUUCGAAACUGAAAAGAUUAAUAAACAUGAAAAACAAGGAAGUGUGAAAGAGAUUGAAAAUUUGGAUCUCAACCAAAAUGAAGAUAUUGAUAAUAUACGCGAGAAAAAACAAGAAGUGAUCUCAGAAAUACAAGAAAAUAAAAAAGAAACCAUAUUUUACGAAAAACAAAGCGUUUUAGUUAGAUACUACAAUCGUAAUAAUUGGAAAUAUUACGUAGGAUUCAUAGAGAAGAUAGACGUACAAGAAAUAGAAACAUAUUAUUCGAUUAAUUAUUUAAAGACUGUUAAAAAGCCUAACUUAAGAUUUAUAGUUUGCAAAAGAGAUUAUGAUGUCGUACCAUCUUCAUUUAUCGUCAAAGCUAUAAAAUUAAAUUUAGUGAAAAAAAACCGAGAAUACUUGGUUGAGAAAUGUGAUGAACAUUAUUUUUAA